AUGUCGUUACAGAAGCAGCAGCAUUUGGACCAAAAAUGGCGAGAAGGCCUUCGAGACUGGAGAAUGUCGAUUGAGGAAAGGCAGAAGCCUCCAAGAGGAGCAACUGACUGGUUUAAGAAAGUGCUCAAUCUCAUACUGGCACAAUAUCUGGUCAUCGGCUUCGCUACUGCUUCUGUUGCUCAGCAUGGGGGCGUCAUCCGUUCAGAGUAUAGCAUCCUAUACGGCGCAGUCGCAUUCAUUUUUCUCGUUAGUGGGCUGCAACUAUCACCAGGGAAGCUCCGAGAGAAUGUGGCAAAUUGGAGAUUACACAUCCUGGUCCAUGGGAUUAGUUUUGCCGUUAUCCCGGCCAUUGUGCUUGCCAUUGUUCAUAUCUCAAUCGCAGCUGGGGCUCUCAGGUCUCAAACACCUUCGCCUCCGAUCCUCAUCGGCCUUCUUACCACUGCCUGUCUUCCAACCACUAUUGCCUCCAAUGUCGUAAUGACACGAGCUUCAGGCGGAGACGAAGCCGCUGCCAUUAUCUCUGUUGUCAUCGGCAACGUUGCUGGGUCGUUUCUAUCUCCUCUGCUCAUAUACGGAUUCUUUCCAACUGGGCAUCCUGAAGCAUUCGACAGCUGGCGCCCUGCUGAUCCGUCCACCCUAGGACACAUGUAUGCAGAUGUAGCCAAGCAGCUCUGUCUUAGUGUGGUCUUGCCCCUCAUCGUUGGUCAAGUUGUACGUUGGAGGUGGGAGGAUCGCACCGUAAAAGUUCUCAAUGCUCUCAAACUGGCCAAGGUCUCAACACUGUGCCUUGUUCUGCUCGUAUGGACGACCUUUUCUGGAGCUUUCGGCACCGGAGCGUUGAAAGACUUAUCUACAAGCAACGUCCUCUUUCUUGUCUUUAUGAACGUUGCGCUAUAUGCUCUGUUCACAAUUAUCUGCUUCUUUCUCGCCAGACCACCCGGGCGCCUUGUCAGAACAGUAUCUUCAUCCUGGCUAAGGCAUGUCUUCAAGCGCAUGUCUAAAGAGCAGACGGUCGCCGUAUGCUUUUGCGGGGCGGCCAAAACAACGAGUCUGGGUAUACCGCUAGCAAGUUCAAUGUGGGCGCGUGCGGAUGAUCUAACAAGAGCCUAUAUACAGAUACCCGUACUGCUGUACACCAUUGAACAAGUGUUCAUGGCUCAGGGGCUAGUAUACGUCUUUCGCUACUACAUGCGGAGAGGAAACAAGGAACGUGGCACCGGGGAAGUAGAGCAGGGUACUUCCCAAGAACAAUGUUCUAUCGAAGUACAAAUGCAGCCUGAUGAACUCUCGAGGCGGGCCAUUGAUGGGGAUGUGGAACAGAAAGGGCAGCGAUGUCAGUAA